AUGCUUGGUAAUCUUAGUUCUGAUGUGGCUCAGGAUAUUGCAAGAGUAAUUCUCACUCAUAAGAAGCUGCGACAUGAUCAAUAUAUUUCAAAUAUUGUAAGGAAGACUCCUGAACAGUUGGUACAGCCUGGCUUGAUCCAGUUCCAUAAAAUUGGUGAACUGGGAGAAAGAUACCUUUCUGCACCAUACAUCUGGAUUUGGAUUCUGUCAGAACAAAGGUCAGAUGAAAAAAGUGAUUAUAUCCUUCAACAUUGGAGAUUCGAUGACUAUAUUGAACAAAGGUCCAAAUUACAGGUAGGUCCAGAAACACCUCCUGGUGCUCAAUUCUGGCAGAAUUUUGAAGACUUUGUUGCUAGAUUUCGUUGCAUUAAAUCCCGGAUUUUUAAUGAAGGUGAGCAUGUAAACAUUAGUGAAAUGCAUACAAGGGCUGUAUUGAAUGUUGAGUUUCGAUUUGUGAAUUAUCAUCUUGGAUUCCGCACUGCAACUAAGCAGAUUGAUACCCAUUCAACAUCAGACAACAUGAAGGAAUGGUUUAUCACAUGUACUCAUGAUAUUGUUAAUGCUCGAGAUUGUCAAAAGUUUAUCCUCAAUUGUGCUUCAGCACCUGCUGGAGAUGGCUUUGUUUGUCUGGCCUGUCCAGGACAUACUCUAAAUGAAGUACACCAAUACAAGCAUCUGCAAAAGAGCAAUUUCACUCUAGAUAGCUGUCAGGAUGAAUGUUAUAAAGCUGCAUCAACUGACAAUUUUUUCCUUGCUUUUACAACUCAAAAAAAUUGUAAUUGGGAUGAUAAUCUUCCACCAAACUCAGGUAUUAUACAUGGUCAGAAUUGGGGAAAAUAUUUUGGGCCAUUUGCUGCUCGAGCCUUUAUAUUUUCACAGGAUAGUCCACCAGAUAUUAACAGUGCAACAUACUUGCACCUACAGUUGAUUGAGGGAAUAGGUAUGGAGUGUGCUGAAAAAAUUAUUAGUAAAAGACCAUUCAACAGUGGUGGUGAUGACGUUUGUAUACUUUCUUCAGAAUUGUCGUUUGAGUUUGAUGAUGAUAUUAUUGUUAUCAGUGGUGAUGGUGGUGGCAGUUCUAUAAUUUCUUCAAAAUUAAUACCUGAAUUUGGAAAAAGAAAAUUAGAAGAUGAGGAAAUUGGUGGUCGAAAGAAAGGGAAACAAACAUAUCCUGAAGAAUCAGAAGAAGGUCGUGAUAGUCUUGCUGUUAUAUCAGAUGAAAGGUUGAAAUGGAUCACUAAACUUAUAGAAAGUAACCAAAUUACCCUUUUGCAUAGUCCUCCAUCAUCAGGAAAGAGUACCCUUGGACAACUUCUUCAAGACUUUUUUGAAAAUUGUGGUAAUGAUAGUAUAUACAUUACUCUUGCUGGUAUAUCUGGUAAAGCAGAAAUACAUGAUGAAAACCUAUUUGACAAAUUUUGGAAAAAUGAAGUUCAUUAUACUUUGACAGAAAUCAGUAAAUGGGAAAAGACUAUUUAUGCAUUCAUUGAUGAGAUACAGAUUAUAUAUAAUGAUGGUACACCAUUCUUUUGGGGUACUCUGAAGGCACUUUUAUCAAGACAUCAAAAUAUUCAUAUAAUUUUGCUUGGAACAUACCAACCAAGUCAUUAUCAUCUAGCAACACCUAUUCAAAUUAGCAAUACACUUGAUGUCUUGAUCGGGCCUCGACAAAUUCAGGCAAGGGCAGGAUUUUCUGAAGAUGACACUCUUGUAAAAAUUCUCAUUAGUGAUUGUGGUGGCAAUGCUAGAGCAAUGGAAGCACUUAAAGAUACAAUUGAAAUGCUUGGUAAUCUUAGUUCUGAUGUGGCUCAGGAUAUUGCAAGAGUAAUUCUCACUCAUAAGAAGCUGCGACAUGAUCAAUAUAUUUCAAAUAUUGUAAGGAAGACUCCUGAACAGUUGGUACAGCCUGGCUUGAUCCAGUUCCAUAAAAUUGAACAUACAGAACUAAGAACAAAGAUAGCUAAUGCUUGGAUUUUUUGUGUCAGCCUUGAAAAUGGUUGGUCAUUGAUAACUGGUGAGAAAGGAUCCACUGCUAUUGGUACUAGGAUGCUUUGUCAAUGUCUGGCUCAAAGUUUGGAAGCUAUAAUUACCAAUUAUGAGGCACCCUAUCCAUAUGAUGUUUUUGAAUUAGUUGCUAAACAUUAUAAGAAAAAAUUAGAAGACUGCACUAUUUUUCUGGUAGUGGAUGGCUUACACCAAUUAAUGUCUGAACAAGCAAAUGGAACAGACAAAAACAUGAAAGGAAUAGCUUCUUCUGUCACUAAAGAUGAAGAUGGAGAAUUGAUAUUAUUUAUUGUUUCAUUUUCUUCCACUAUUACAAAAUUCAAGGUCAAGUUUAAUUUUAACGAUGCAGAGAUAUUAAAGACUCUGGUCAAGAAUAAAAGUGACUGA